AUGAAUUCUCGAGAACACGCAUCUCAAGAAGCUACAAGAAGCCGAGAUGUAUCGAACACCACUUCUCUGGACCGCCGCACCACCGCGAGCACCUACGACUCGAACCAGCGACAUAGCUUUGCUAGUAGCGAAACGGGAGAAUCGAGCAGGGCCGCAAGCAACCGUGGAAGCCUCACGACUGAGCCUACAGAUGUGGUAGAUGAGGACGUGGUCCAAGGCAAAGGUGGACUAGAUUUGAGCAUUGCUGCUCGUGAUGGAAAGGGAAGUCACAGAAGCCAUCGCAGUAAAGGGAGCGGUGGCUUUUUAUUGUCACACAAUACAUUUGAACCGCCGUCCCAAGAGCUAUCGAGCAAAACUAUAGACGAAGACAAUCGAAUGCGCCAGCGUCCUUCUACCAGGGAUCGCAAAGGAAAAACGCCAGUCCGAAGUCCCGAAAAAAGACACACGAAGACGAAAUCGGGUCUGGGACUUAGAGUUCAGAGCAGCCCCCUCUCAACAAAUGUCACGUCGGCGCCAGCUACCGGCGGGCUAGAGACUGCGCCGACACACAAGGACAAUGGUGGGAAUGAGAUGACAGAAGACAAAGUGAAUGCCAAUCCACUCGAUGUAGAUUCUGCUCAGAUUGUUAGCUUGGCAUUGAACCUCAAUGAAAGUCGACGAAAUGCUGCUAGACGAAAUGUUUCAACUCCGCUACCACCCCUCACACCAGGCUUUACAGAAGGUUUCGCUGGUGGCAGUCUGCGCCAUCAUCUACAACAGCAGAGGAGGGUGUCGAGAAAUAUAUCACCCAAGCCAGCCCGUGGCGAACGAGCUGUAACAGCCUCUCCACGAAUUACUUCUGCCCAAAGACUUGCGAGCCCGUUACAACCAGCUUUUGAUCCGCAGGGAGAUGGAGGUUACAGGUAUCAGUUUUCAGCGUCAACAUUGGCCAGGGCGGAGAAAGCGAAAACCGCAAUCGAGCUCAUGGCUCAAUAUCGUCGAGUGCUUCUCUAUGUGCCUCCACUCAAGCCACAAGGAGACCGAAUGGGGGGAAGUGAUCGUGGAAACUCUUCAGAAGCCACUACGUCAGCUCCAACCUCUCGUGUGGCUUCUUCUACAUAUGCCGCUCCCCUGCCAUUAGGACGACCAUAUAAUCCACUUCAGUAUGUUCGAAAUCGAAAGAUGCGUCUGAGGACUGGUAGAGCUAUCAAUGGAGAGGAGCAGGGUUUUGGAGAUCUAGCCAAAGUCUCAUCUUGGGUCGACCAGGUAUUGACGGAAGCAUCGUCUGCAGAGUACCAAGCUGCGGAUUGUUUGCCCAUGCCUCCGUUCUCAAAGGCUGCCAAAGAAGCCGCAUCACCACAUACUUCUCCGUCGUCUAACCAUGGCAAAGGGCACUCUUCUGCACCUAAAGUGAAACGGCCUAGGAAUGACUGGAUUAUUGAUCCGAAAGAUUUGCUGGCGGACCUGUAUUGGCUGGAACAGGAAGACAACAAGAAAUUCAUUGAGGACAGUCAUGGCAGAAAGAUAUUUCCUCAACAGGUUGAUCUCAAGCGUCCAAUAUCGAAGCAAGGUAAUGGAAAUAGUUCCCAGUUCAACUUCAAUAGUCGGAUCAAAGAUCAGGCUUCGGGCUUGGAUCUCUACGUCGAUACCAAAAUGCCAGAAUUCAUGCAAAUCAAAGCUGAGUCUGACAAGCAUUCUGAUGGUGCUGUUUCAAAAGCAAAAGAUAAGCUGCGGCAAGUUCGGCAUGCUGCUGGUCUACCGCAUGGUAAUAAUGGUUCUGCACAACCUGGACGCCAAACGCAACAAUAUAUUAGCCGGUCUGAUUCAGACUCUGCUGACAGCAGUCAACUGCGUCGCUCGAGAAGAAAACGCAGUGGUACUGCCGAUAGCAAUGAUCUGGGUACUGAUAUUCUAGAGAAGCAAAUGAUGGAAAUGCUGGCUAGAGAGAAUGAGGAUGGAAACUGGAACUUAAGCGAGAGUGGGACUGCUGACACAAGAGAGAAGAAAUCGACACCAUCUCACACGGACGGAGUCAGAGAACCCGCUCAAACAUAUCGAGAUAGGUCGGCGAGUCAAGAUACAUCUGGUUCUAUAGUGAAUAAGCACCAGAAAAGAGACUCUCUUGUACAUUCGUCGUCUGGUCGAGCCAGUCUGGAAGUACCAAUGCAAGGAGGUCGACCACGGCGCUCUUUAGACGAAUUCGACAGCACGGCACCAAGUUCGCCCGAAGCCAGACCUUUUCGAACUUCAAAUGCCUUCGUCCCGACAGUGGAGUUGUCACAUGCCCAGAGUCGACACGCAUCUCCGUCUAGAACGCCUCUAUCGAAGGUUAAGAAUAAGAUAAAUCAGUUCCAUGACUCUCACCAUAAACGCGUGUCAUUGGAUGAACCGCCGAGAUUGGAUUCUAGUGGAAAUGUACCCGAAACACCUAGUCCAGGUGAAAGACGAAAACGUUCAAUAAGUCCUUUCAAGAGUUCAUCGUCUAAAAAGACUGACGAGAGUGCACGACCUGCUCUAAAGAACACAGGGAGCGUACGGAGGAGCAAGCUGGAGGAAUCAGGGAUCAAAGGAUUGUUCAAAGGCCGUAAUCCCGUCUCUAGGGUUGGCGAUUUCGUCUGGAAGACUGCCAAAGAACAAAUACCCGGCUUGUCAUCGGGUUACUCAAGUGAUGAUUCUGAACUUGACGAGCCUAGCCCACCAUCAGUAAGACCAAAGAAAGACUCCAAUGCGAGCUCAGUUGGCGCGGCGGAUGAUAAUGCUGCGACUGAUUUACCCAAGGAGAGAGCGACAUAUACACGGGAUUUACCAACUUUUACUUCACCAUUCGAAGGUCGUGGACGAACCAUCAGAAAUAAGAAUACUGAAUCAACUUCGAGUUCGGAUCCGCUAGGUCGAGAGUCUAAGAAAGCCAUAGCUCGCUCCACUGGACUUGAGCCGCCUCCAAGAAUCGACAUUCAAAGUGCGUCUCCAACUUCAUCACCAGACCCAAAUGGCUCGAACCGACGGAAACGAGAUUCUUCCGUUUCAGACACCGAUAUCUCUCGUCGACAGAGUCUUGCCUCUGGCUCUCGACUCAAUGAAAUCCUCGGUAGCCCUGGUCAUCGACGCAACGCUCUCCCCAUGACCGGCCUAGCCAAUCUCGAAGUAACCAACGAUCGAACCUCCAUCGACAGCCAACGCCAAUGGAGCAUCUCCGACCGCGCCCCCUCCGUCCACCGCGGUCCCAUGAGCAAACGAGAAAUCGCCCGCGUCCGCGCCCUCCUCCUCAGCUCCGGCAUCAAAGCCAAGGAAAUCACUCGUCGCGCCGCCGAACCCCAGGACCUUAACACCACAACCGACCCUCAUUACGCCGGCAUUUCCAAAUUCGCUCAUGCCCCUAUCAGCCCCGUCCCGAAAAGCCAACAACACAACCUCGCGGCCCACAUUCUCGAGACUGAUAUCCACAACUCCUCGGAGAUGUGGCAAGCGUCUACAGAUCACUUCAUCGGCACAUCCAUUCAGAAACUCUUCGACGAUAUCAACGCCCUCCGCUCUAAAGUAAACGAGGGCAUUACGAAUAUGGCCCGCACAGCAGCGGACGAAGCGGACGAGGUCAGCAAGGAUCUAGUCACCAGUCAGACGUUAGCGGUCAAGGCGAUCACGGAUAAGAUGGACACGAUGAUGCGCCGACGACGACGCAGGUUCAGGUGGUUGAGACAGGGGGUUUGGGUCGUGGUUGAGUGGGCACUGGUGGGGGUUAUGUGGUAUGUCUGGUUUUUGGUCGUGCUUGUUAGGGUUGUUAGGGCGGUUUGGAUGGGGGGGUUAGGGUGGUGA